UGCAGACGGUCGGGGUUUUUUCGGUGCCUAAGCCUCCGCCUGCGACCAUGCUGUCUACUCGUUCGAUAGGCGAGUCGUGGAGGGUCCACUCGAGGACUGGCGUGCCGGCGACGGAGUUGGUGAUAGCGGGAGCUAGCUAUUAUCAGUUUAUCCAGGAUUCUCUUCGUCUCCCGGAGCCUGGCGUUGAGUAUUCUGACCCUUCGUUAGGGGGAUGGGUGCUUCCCGAUGCUCGGAUCUCGUAUACCGGAGAGAGUGGAUCCGAGAUUGUGGAGACUGUCCCGGAAGACCGGGUUUUCCAUGCUCCGCUCCCUGAGGGAGUACAGGCGGUUCCGGCCCGUACGGCCAACGCGAUGGUGGGGGUGAUCAACCGGUUGAAGUCCGCGUUGGUUCGGGCCCGAUCUGCACUUUCUUGCAGGAGCCCCCACUCCACUCGGGUAAUGUGCCCUUUGUAA